AUGAUUUUAUUUACUAUGUACGCCUCUGUGACUAAUGGAGAGGUCCGUUAUUCUGUUCGAGAGGAAGAAAUGAGGGGUGCUUUCAUUGGUAAUAUUGCCAAAGAUUUGGGAUUAGAUAAUCAGAGACUAAAAUCUGGCAGAGCUCAUAUUUAUACUGAGGGUGACACCGAAUACGUAGAGCUGAAUGUAAAUAAAGGGAUUUUAAUUGUUAAAAAUAGAAUUGACAGAGAGCAGAUCUGCGGUCAAAUAGCACCCUGUUUAUUAUAUUUUCAGAUUGUCCUGGAAAAUCCUAUGGAAUUUCACAGAGUGACUAUUGAGGUUAUUGAUAUAAACGAUAAUAACCCCACUUUCACAAAGAAAAAUAUUCAGUUAAAAAUUAGUGAGUUAUCCCUUCCAGGAGCACUGUUUUCCCUACCGAAUGCUGUAGACAGCGAUAUAGGAGAAAACACGGUAAAAUCAUAUAUACUCGCAUCAAAUGAUCAUUUUAAAUUAAAAAUACAGUCUCAAUCGGACGGUAGUAGUUCCGUGGAUUUGUUGCUAGAUAUUCCUUUGGACAGAGAAAAGCAAGAAGAACAUGUUUUGCUUUUAACGGCGGUUGAUGGAGGAGAGCCUCAGCGUUCCGGCACAACAGAGAUAAACAUUAUUGUCGUCGAUGCCAAUGACAAUGCUCCCGUUUUUAGUCAAAGGGUUUAUAAAGCUGCUGUCAGGGAAGACUCUUUGAUUGGGACCGUGCUGAUCAGAGUUAACGCCACUGACGCAGACAAAGACAUGAAUGGACACAUUACAUAUUUUUUCGCCCAUGUUACAGAUAGUUCGAAUGAUUUAUUUGAAAUCAGUCCUGAUUCGGGAGAAAUCAAACUCAUCGGCCAAUUAGAUUAUGAAAGUAAUAGAAAAUAUGAGCUCAAAGUAGAAGCUAAAGAUAUAGGGGAUCUUGUAGGCUCAAGUAAAUUAACAAUUGAAGUUACUGACGUAAAUGACAACGUGCCAUUUAUUAAUCUGAUGUCGGUUUCAAAUCAGAUCAGAGAAGACUCAUUACCUGGGACAGUAAUAGCAAUGAUUAACGUGCAAGAUAAAGAUUCUGGAAGAAAUGGUAAAGUUACUUGUUGGAUUAAUAAUAACAUUCCAUUUAAACUGAAAUCAUCUAUGAAUAAUUUUUAUACUUUACAAACAGAAGGGUAUUUAGAUCGUGAAAAAGUGUCGCAGUAUAAUAUUACAAUUUUGGCAAAAGACGAAGGAGAGCCUUCACUCUCAACUACACAUUCUAUCACACUGCAGAUUAUUGAUGUCAACGACAAUGCUCCAAAAUUCGCAAAUCAACGUUAUACAACAUACAUCAUGGAGAAUAACUCUCCGGGGUCCUCGUUUUUUUCAGUGAGAGCGUACGAUGAGGACUCGGGUCUCAAUAGUAAAAUAUCUUACUUUAUUGAUGAAUCCAGUGUUAAUAAUAUCUCAGUCUCUUCAUUUGUGUCUGUUAAUUCAGAUGAAGGUGUCCUCUAUGCAGUGCGUUCAUUCGAUUAUGAGCAGCUGAGUCAUUUUCAAAUCUCGGUGACAGCUAAAGACAGAGGUUCUCCACCUCUCAGUUCUAGUGUAACAAUAGACGUAUAUGUCCAGGAUCAAAAUGACAAUUCUCCAGAAAUUCUGUACCCAGUUUUGAAUAAAGGAUCUCCGAUAGCUGAAUUUAUUCCCCGCUCUGCCGAUGUUGGAUAUUUGAUUACUAAAGUUGUUGCUGUUGAUAAAGACUCUGGACAAAAUGCGUGGCUUUCUUAUAAAGUCAUCAAAUCUACCGAUCAGACGCUUUUUGAAAUGGGCUUACAUAAUGGUGAAUUAAGAAGUCUUAGGCAAAUAAUGGAGAAGGAUUCUGCAAAACAAAGACUGACGAUUUUAGUUGAAGACAGCGGACAGCCUUCGCACUCAUCGACUGUGAACGUCAACGUUGCCAUCACUGAUAAUGUUGCAAUGGCGUUUACAGAAUUCAACGAUUUUGCAUACGAGAAAAGCAGCGAUGGCGAUAUAAGAUUUUAUUUGGUAAUCUCUUUAGUGAUCGUGUCGUUUCUUUUCAUUACGUUCAUCAUAAUUUUAAUAUCUUUAAAAUUCCACAAGUGGAGGCGCUCGAAAUUUUUCAGUGAAAAUUCCAAUGGAACUCUCCCCGUUAUUCCUUAUUACCCGCCACGUUAUGCAGAAGUCGGAGCCACUGGGACUCUUUGUCACGUAUACAACUAUGAAGUCUGCCUCACAACGGAUUCUGGAAAAAGUGAAUUUAAAUAUGUAAAGCCUAUGCUACAGACUCCUAUGGAUAAUGAUUCUAAUGGAGCCAAAACUAAAAGUCCUAGCUCGAGUGAUUUAAUUGCAGAUGAAGAAAGUUUGCAGGUAAGCUUGGUGACAAUUCAUUUGGCACACUUUUCUUGGCACACUUUAAUAAAUGCGCUUAGUAUUAAGGUAUAUGUUUACGUUUGCCCCUAAAGGAUGAUAGAUAGAUAGAUAGAUAGAUAGAUAGAUAGAUAGAUAGAUAGAUAGAUAGAUAGAUAAAACAGUAUUCAAUGUAGGUAAGACUAUAAUAGAAAAUUAUUAUCUUGUACAGACAUAUUGAUAAAAAAAAUUCUGUAAAUUGAUUUUUUUUAAUUUCUUAUUGGUCAUUGGUGAAUUACAUUGCUUGGGUUCAUGUGUUGGGAUUAACUCUUAUACAACAGGUAUGAAUGAUAAGUGCAACAAUAUAGAACAGCUAAUGGCAGUAGCAGGCUUUGAAAUGUUUCUGUGCUAUAUACAUAUUGGUGUUACGUUUUGAACUAAAACUACUGAAAAACAAGUGCCAUCCUCUAGUGAUGCAAUUUGUGCAUGCAAAUACAUCUACUCUUGCAAUUAAACAAAAAUAUAGUACUGGUUGUAACCUUAGUGUUGGAGAUGUAAUAGGCAGGGGGCAAGUACCAUUGGACUGUCAAACAAUCCAGGAUGUGUUGAAGAUUAAUCAUUGCUUUCUGAUCCAAAUGAAUUUCUAAAAUGCUGUUUACUUUUCUUUUAUGAUUAAGUAAUUUCAUGCUCAAAAUGUUUAGGCCUUAUUUUAUUUACCUUUUUUGAUCUAAAAGUUAUUUAAACAUUUUUAAAAUAUGACCUUUAAUUUCUAAUUUCUUCAUCUGGUGAGUGCAGCCUGGUCCAGCAUAACUGGAACAAAAAAAA